UUUCCUUUCUGUUUUCAGGAUGACAGUGAAUAGAUGACCUCCAUGCCUCAUGUCACGCAGAGUCGUUUUCCAGCCCGCUCAGGUUUUCAUGGAUUGCAGGAACUCCACAGGAACAUCACGCCAGUCUCUCUUAAAUCGGCCUGCUGCCCUCUGGAAUCGCUCCUGACAAAUGGACAAAAAAUGAAAUGAAAUAUUAAAACCUGGAGUUGUUGGACUCUCAUUCUGUUGCCAUCAUAAGUUCCCUUCUAGCAUCCUCUGGGGUCUUUAGGCCAUGGUUCGCAAGAAAGGUUCCCUUAUAUUAUGCGGCGCCUUCCUGUUUGUUGCCUGGAACGCUUUGCUCCUGCUUUACCUUUGGGGCCGACCUCCCAUCGGCCAUCUGGGAGAUGGUGGAGGAGCCGAACCGGGUGGGAAUGAGGAGUGGGCCGCGAUCCGGGGGAAAAUGGGUCAGGGCAACCUUGCAGAGGAGAUGAUCCGGCUGGCGGAGGAGGUGGAAGUUCACCUUGAUACCCAGAAGAAGCUCCUGAAGCAGAUAGAAAGUCACAGAGCGGUGUGGGCGCGGAGGAAGGAUGUUGGGAAAAGGGAAAGCAGUCAAAGAGACAUCAAUGAGCCAGCUGCCCACCCGCAGCGUCAGAGGACUCCAGAACCACUCAGAAAGGAUGCCGGGGAGCAAACCCACACUACGAGGCUUGAUAAGAUGGCUCCAAGCUUACAUGGAGACAACGAGCAAACCAGCAACACUAAAGUUACGACACCCAGCCCAGAGCCCAUCAUCCCCAUCCUGGUCAUCGCCUGCGACAGAGUCACCGUGAAGCGGAGCCUCGACAGGCUCCUCAUGUACCGGCCGUCUGCAGAGCUUUACCCCAUCAUCGUCAGCCAGGACUGCGGCCACGCCGAGACGGCUCGCGUGAUCGCUUCCUACGGAGAGCAAGUCACGCACAUCAAACAACCACAGCUGUCCGACAUCAAGGUCCGGCCAGAGCACAGGAAGUUCCAGGGCUACUACAAAAUCGCCAGGCAUUAUCGAUGGGCGCUUAACCAAGUGUUCAACACCUUCUCCCAGUCUACAGUCGUCAUAGUGGAGGAUGACCUGGAGGUGAGCAGCAGCAGGAAAUCCACCUGUUUAUUAGGGCUGCAGCUAAACAUUAUUUAGCAAAUCGAUUCAUCU